GGUGGCGGGAGCGGCCCCCCCCCCCCCCCCCCCCCGCCACCGGCUGGGCCGCGGUCGGUGCCUGGCAGCCAGAGGGUCGGCGCCGCCAUCGCCAUGGGCACCCGCGACGACGAGUACGAUUACCUCUUCAAAGUUGUGCUGAUUGGUGAUUCUGGAGUUGGGAAGAGUAAUCUUCUGUCACGUUUUACACGCAAUGAGUUCAAUCUGGAGAGUAAGAGCACCAUUGGGGUGGAAUUUGCCACCAGGAGCAUCCAGGUGGAUGGGAAGACGAUAAAAGCACAGAUCUGGGAUACUGCAGGACAGGAACGAUACCGUGCCAUUACCUCAGCGUAUUACCGUGGUGCUGUUGGGGCUCUUCUUGUCUAUGACAUUGCCAAACAUCUCACCUAUGAGAAUGUGGAACGCUGGCUAAAGGAGCUUAGAGAUCAUGCAGACAACAAUAUUGUCAUCAUGCUGGUGGGUAACAAGAGUGACCUCCGCCAUCUGAGAGCUGUGCCCACUGAUGAGGCCCGGGCUUUUGCAGAAAAGAAUAACUUAUCUUUUAUUGAAACUUCCGCUCUGGAUUCAACAAAUGUAGAAGAAGCCUUCAAGAACAUCCUUACAGAAAUCUACCGCAUUGUUUCGCAGAAGCAGAUUGCAGAUCGGUCUGCGCACGAUGAGUCUCCUGGCAACAACGUAGUCGACAUCAGUGUCCCACCAACCACCGAUGGACAGAAAUCCAACAAACUCCAGUGCUGUCAGAACCUGUGACCUCCUGUAGAUGACUCUUGUGCCCUUCACGUCGUCUGUGCUUCAUUUAGAAACUUGUGCGCACUUCCUAUCUUCUGUGAUUCAGUGACUCCCUCUUCCCUCCUUUACCCUAUUUCCAAGUACCCCCUUUCAUCUUAGAGCUUUAAUCGUAGGGCUAACGUUCCUCUGCCUCCGAAAUCCCCUUCAAUGUGGUGACUUUUGGGCUUGAAAUGUAGGCACUGAUCUAAUAGGCCUGUUUGUGUUGAAACAUCUGCUGCUAGGUAUUAUCCCAUGAAACACCCUCCUCAAAUGUUGGGUUGUUGGGUUGAAUUUUUUGUUUGUUUUGUUUUUUUUUUUUUUUGGGGGGGGGGAUGUUUUUUGGAUCCUGGGAGAGAAACCAUGGGGACUUGACUACCAGUUGAAGAAAUAACUACAUUUAGGUGACAAGGUUUUUUCCUCCCAUAGGAAAGUCUUUUUUCUUGUGUUUCUGUAAACAUGGGGGAGAAAUUAAAAGAAAGUAGCUAUCCUGCCAAAUGCUCUGUUUUCUGUCCUGAUAAAGUCUCACAGUGAGGUUUUUAGUGGCUGCACACACAUAAGAAAGAUGUUGAAAAUAACAUUACUUAUUAUGUAAUUACCCCUAAUACAGUUAGUCUGGCUGUGUAGUUUACCAUUUCCUGCUUGGGAGAUCUUUCUCUUGUUUUAUUUGGGAACAAUGAAAUAUGUCUGCAUUGCUUUCUCUGCCACCAUGAAUGCCUGUGCUGCGUGUGCAGGCUUUGUGAAGUGGAUUAAUAUUUAUUCAUGGCUUAUGUUAAUCAGUUAACAUUAUUGUACAGUAAGUGCCAGCAUAUUGAUUUCAGAAACCUUUUGCAACCUGUACAAGUAGGCUUAUUUUGUAAUUGUAGGUCAGUGUCUGAAAGCAGGGUCUUCUAUAGUUCCAGGAUUUUUUUGCAUGCAGCUUUUUCUCUAGAUCUUUCCUACCCCUGUUUGAGUGAGUGAAGCAAUAUUUUCAUGUCAUGUAUAUACCUGCACUUGUAAGGAUUUUGGUUGUUGUAGAGACACACAAUACUUUAUACAUUUUGUAAAACUUCUGCAGAACCAUAGCAUCUUGAACUUUCUCUUCAUGAUCUUUCACUAUUGACCUUGUGCAUAAUCUUCUUGACCUUUACUAAAAAGCGUAAUACUAAGAUUUCACAUAGUAACUACUAACCUGUUAUUUUCCUCUUACUCUGUUUUACUGAAUUGCAGACUAAUUCUCAAAUGAUUGUUUGUCAUAUGAUGUAACAGAUUUGUCAUCAGCAGGGCUAACUACUAUAAUACUUUGUUAUGCUGAAUGGGAAGAAUGUUACCACAACAUGUGUAUUCAGUCUCUUGCUAGCUUGUGAAAAUCUAUGAUGACUUUUCAUCAUUCACUAGCUCUUGCACACUUACAUACCCUCCGGUAUAUGCUUAAUGUUAUGAUGAGGCAAAUACUGGGUGAAACUAUCUAAAGGAAGAGUUGGAGACCAUCUGCUGCUCUCUGAAGGCUAGUGAAGCAACUUGCAGUGAAUCUUUGCUCUGUAUUCUGAGACUGUACCUCACUUGAUGAAUCCUACCUGCAUACUAGUGAGUUGAUUUUUUUUUUUUUUUUUUUUUUUUUGUCUGAUACAAAGCAAAUAUGAAACUGUUAAUUGUGCUUGAAGGGGAAAUCUGACAUUCCAGUCUCCAUUGUUCUGUCUGGUUAUGUAAUAAAAUUAAGGGCGGUUAAAUCUGAUGGCUUUUCUUUAUAAGAUUUCCAGACCAAUGCCUUUAAUUUUGUAUUGCAUGUACCUAGAGCACUACAGUUCACAGCAAAGGGUGCAUGUGGUACCUAGCACUUCCACUUUUCAACUUUGUUUAGAGGGUACAUUCAGGGUGAAGGGUUGCAUGCUUGAAGCCUAAUCCCAUUGAAUGAAGGUAUGAAUUCCUCUUUAGGCAUCACAGUACUUAGUCCUGAGGGGAUCCCAGUGUGGAAAGCACUCAACACUUGGUAUUUACUUCAGUAGCAUCCUGUUGAGAGACGAUGCAGCCAGCGGGAACUGGAGAUGGCUCCUUUUUGCUGGUCCCAGACCAGAAUGUGACGUGCAGUCAGUAUUUAGAAAGCUAGCAGAUGAGCACACCAUCAGAGAGAAUGGAAAAUUCUGAGAUACUGAAAAUAUUUCUUUCAAGAAGAGGUGGACACUAGUGGAGCGGGGCUCCUUAAUUUUUGAACAAAACUUUUUAUAAAGAAAUUAGUUGAAUAGCAUGAGGAAGAAUCAUGCUGUUAAGACUUAUGAGUUCAGGGUGAUGUAUUAAUGUGUUUACUCUGCAAAUCCUGUUCUUAACAUGAUGUUUCUGGAAUCAAGCUGGCCUGGUAUACAAAGCUGAGAAGCAGUUUAGUCGAUUCCUUGUCUCUUUUAAGAGACUUUCUUUAGUCUCUGACUCUGUGGAAGGCUCUAAACUUUGCCUCAGAGUGCCAACAAAAGGUUCAUGUCUAAGGUUUAAGAGCUGUUACAUUACAUGGGUCUUGAAGAGACCUUGUACAACUUUAUUGUGUGUUGACCAAAGUCCCUCUCAAAGCAGGUGGAUCUUGGAUCCAUACUGUUCAUCUCAGCGAGGUUGGGUUGUUUUUGAGAUCUGCUGUGUGAUGUGGAAAGGCUUACUGCCUUUUGCUGCAUGACUGUUUGGUAUAUCCUAGAUGUGGGAAGCAUCUGUGUGCAUGCAUAUGUGCAUACAUGUACAUUAUGUGAGCAUAGACGUAAAUUAAGCAGUAGUUUUAUCUGCUGUGGUCACUCAGUUUCUUAGACCAGGUAUCGACUCUCUGAGAUUGCUGUGCUGUUCUCCAGGCAGUGAGAGAUGCAGCCCCUCUGUGGGUUUGAGAUGGUCUUGCCUAGACUAAGCCCAGGGCCAUUAGUGCCAAUAGAAAAAGAGCAGUGGACCGGUUCUGCCUGAUAAAACCAUCUUCCUGUGCAUAGCCAGGGGAAAACGCUUUUGAUCUUGAGUACCCUGGUGUCCUGCUUGAAAGCACUGCGCACUCCUCGGAAACUUUAGCUACACCCCAACCCACUGUAGGUGAUGGCUACUGAAAUUGCAGAGGGGAAGACUCUGAGGAAGCUUGAACUGUUGAAGAGCUGUCUGACAUUCAGAGAAGCUCUCCAGUAGGCCAGGCUCCUUAACCAUGCUUUCCUGAUGUGAAAUAAGUGAACUGUAACCUCACCUGGACUGCUUCAUACUUCAGCUUUGCCGACUCUGUGUCUCAGUAUUACUGUCAGGAAAACUGAAAAGAUUCCAGCUCUCUUCCAUCUGCUGUAAGAGUUUUGAGGGCAGAAUUUGGCUUAUGUAAAACACCUCAUGACAGGAAAGUUGCCUGUGAAGGAAGGAACGUGUGCUAUACUUGCUUUACUUGGAUGUUGAGGAUGGCUUUAAUUUAUCUAUUGAAAAAUAACACUAAAAAGCACUGGGUGAUUACCACCCAGUGUCAGUAAUAUAAACCUCAGUUGAAGGCUCCUGCUGAUAUUUAGAAUAGGUCUUCCAGUGCAGAAUUAGUUGUCUUUUCUGUUAACUACUGUGUUUAUUAUGGGGAGAGUAAAGGCCAAAAUUCACACACAAAAGUGACUUGGUAGUGAGCACACAAAUAGGUAACUGGUAAAAUAAAUUUAUUGGCUAGACUGUCUCAAUCUAACUUCCUUUCUUCUUCUUGAGUCAGAUGCUUACAGACUAGGUGAGUUAGUCUGGGAUCUCCACUGGAGUUUGUCUGUAGCCUCCACAGGACUAAGAGAGUUUGGUUCAUGGGAAAGUUUUAAAGCUCUAUACUUGUAUAAAUGUAAAAAUCCAAUUGGUGAGUGAGUGCCUGCUGCUCUGUUCAGAGUGCAUACAAAAAAAUCUUCUGAAGACAACCAAAAUUUGGUAGAAGGCGCUGAUCCCUUCUUCCUUCUGUGGCUGCUCCUCAGCACUUCUAGCAGGUUAGAAGCAGUAGAAAGACUGUUGCAUCCUAGGGAUCCCCCCACUUGGGUGCCGUUCCGUUAGAUCACUUGUAAUGACCCCCCAGCACGUGGAAAGGCUGGUAACGGGGUAUUCUUGUGUGAACAGGAGAGAGCUCUCAGCUGGCCAUGCCAGGAUGGUGAGGGUUGAUCUGUGCCUUUCAUUUGGGGAGGUCACUUACCAAAAGCUGCUUGGAAAAAGGUACAGUAGGUGUUUUCACUUCCUGACACUUUGAUUUCUGCAUGCUGUACUGUUCUAGAAGUUGUGGAUGUGAUCUGUUUGUGGGCUCUUAAUGGUUGAGUCUUACCUGUGCUUGGUGACUGUUUCCCUUCCAAGCAUGAAGAACUUGCUUAACGGUUCUGGACUCUGUGCAAGAAAAAAGAUCCUGAUGAAGCGAUUCCGUCACUUAGGGGGGUCUUUUUCCUUCAUAGAAAAAACUAGGAAAAACAGUAUUAAAGGUAGGGGCCUGAACUUCAAAUAAGAAAAGAGAAACCGGGCAAUUAGAGGUGAAGACUAACUGUCCAAGUAAAAUCCAAUGAGUCAGGGCUGAGGUUGGAUUCUCUUGACUUACAGACUCUUUACAGAGUCUUAAUAGCUAAUACAGUUUGAAUGGCGUAAUUAAUGGAAUGUUUCCAUGAAAUUAGUGUCUCCAGGGCUGCAGUGUUUCAAUAAAUAAGAGUAAUUUUUAUUUUAAGCUGGUCAGAUAAUGCACGGUAGUGUUGUCUAUCAGGCUUUGUAGGCUAUAAAUAGCACUGGACCUUUACGCAACCCAGAAGAGCAAGCGGUUCCUUUCAUUUACUUCCUGGCUCCUGUGUUAAGUGCAAUUCACUUUGUAAAUAUACACAUCACUUGAUAUUUUUUUUUUUUUUUUUUUUUUGUGCAUGGUUGAUGUAUUAUGGAUAUAAAGAUUGCCAAAUCCUACCGUGUGUGUAAAGUUCUGUUCCAAACACAACUGUAGAAUAAAGUGGGAGCGUCAUUUUGGA